UAAAAUGGACUCACCUUGUCAUGGAGCUUUGAACCGGUUGGAGGUAGCGUAGGAGUCCAGCGGUCGGACACGAUAAAGAGAAGCACCGGCCAGCGGACGUCAGGACGCAGUGGACGCUCAUCUCUACCUGUAAGAAUAUCAAUGCGCAGUCAAAGGAUAGAAUGUGAAGAGCAGCGGGCCGUGCUGUGCAGUGGACUGAUGAAAUGAUUCAGCAGACUGGGAUGGUUGCAGAGGUGAGUCAGCAGCCCAGCAGCGUUUCAUACUCCCAUCGCGUGCGUUGCCAGGCAACCAAACCACACCUCGCUUCUCAGCGUCUUAACCUGGGUGGGGCUCACGUGACCACAAGGCGACUGCCGGCCAAUCAGGAGCGUGCACAGGUGCAACGAGGCGAGAGUUUCGGAGACGGAAACCUGCUGGUUCAGUCGGCGGAAAGCGACACCUUAUACAUGUGUCAUUGCAUGAAAAGAACAUUUUGGAACAAUUUGUCUCGACCAUUGAAACGAUCUGAGCGGACUAAACAACGAAAGGAGGAGGAAUAAGGUUUUUUUUUUUGUUUUAAUACGAGAGGAGGCUUCAUAUGGAUACUUCCGCGAACUUUUGAAGGAUUUCUUCUUUCAAGACUUGGCUUUAAAUUUGAUCACGAUCAAGAGUGUUUCAUUUUGGUCAUCACAAGUGUCGCUGUUGCUCAGUCAAAGAUGGCAGAAAGGGUGAAAUGGUGGAAGGCCUUCCUGCCCAAGAAGAAGCCAGGAGGCCCCAAGGACCAAGCAUCACCUCACACAUACGGUGCAGACUUUGACCCCUUUGCACAAAACGACAAGCCCAAAGACCCCAAGGCUGCCACCGAACCGUCUCCACCCCAACAAGAGUCCACCAACGGCUCCUGCCUCCUCAGCGACGAGACCUACGACGACUCCCACCUGGAGUCCCUAUUCAACGAGCAGACUUGCCGUAGAAACAUGAAAGUGUCCCGCUCGGGCCGCUUUAAGGAAAAGAGGAGGGUGCGCUCCAGUCUUCCCUUGGAGGACAAAGGCACAGAAAACAUGGCGCCGGCGACAGAGGACUUUCGGUGAUAGCGAUGGAGAGGUGAUGGGAGAUAGACAAAUGACUUCACAAAGGGGAGGAAAAGGAGAGGACUCCAUAGUUGAGGUGCACGAAACGUUCUGUAAGUUGGUAGAGAUGGUGAUCAGGAAGAUGACGAGGAACGGAAAGGUGACAGGUUCACAGGAAUGAGGGAGUGUGGGAUUUUUAUAUUGAGCCCCUUUGCCAGCAAUAUCUCACCUAGUGUGUGGUGUCUCCUUAUAGAUUAUGUCAAAUAUUGCCCCGUGUGAUUAUUCACUUUUAUGUAUCUUUUUCCAAGAAGGAGGUGCUCAUUGUGGCCUAGAGCUAUGGUUGUGAAGUUCGGAGUGGAAGCAAAUUGAGAGCUGCACACUCAAUGCAUUAUGUUGAUUUCUGAAUGAAGGAUGGAACUCCAGGAAGUAUGGACUUUGAAUGUAUCAAAAGCCACUGAUGUGGGUGUAUUUUUACAAUAUUCUGUUUACGAUCAACCUGUGAAUACUCAAAUGAAGUGAACCUACGAGCAAUAAAUCUAAUUUUUGCUACCAUUGGUUGUGUUGUCUGAAAUAGGUCACUUUAAAGGACAACAAAACAAGUAAUAAUGUGUG